GGAAAGCCCUAAGCGGUUGUUGUCCCCAUUCAUUUUAAGUGACUUGUAACACAUGAGAUAUACUCUAAAUUCAUAGCGGGGAAAGGCCAGAGACUUCGUUCAAAUAGGGGGUGAGUUUCUCUAUGAACUAAGGAAACAAAGGUCUUCGAUGGUGAGCCUCACCUCCAUUGCAUUCCUGUUGUUUUUAGUUAGUAUUGUUGUAUCUAAAAAAUUCUAAUCUAAUUGGAUUUUCCUUGAUUUUUAAGGAAACACAUAUCUGUUUUGUCGUUCUUUAUUCCAAUUAAUCAAAAGAAGUAGUAUAUUUACUUCAAAUGUGGCUUGGAAUUUGAUUAGUAUGUAAGUAGAUGAACUCUUUUCAGCGGCCAACACACUCAAAGGAUCAAGUCAGAAUUACGUGCAAACCAUUUUAUCUGUCUCCAUCAAACAUCCUAAAAUUGAAAGGUCAAAUCGUUUUUUAUAUCUUUAGCUCCUCAUUUUAUUUCAGGAUCCUCGCAUCUACGCACACGUGUAACGUGAUACUGAUAGUAACCGCAUGUCAAAAUCUCAAGUCAGAAAACAGAACCGACAAACAUGUAAGUAACAACUUUCUCUACGCGGCCAUGAACGUGCUUCCCAUUUUCUCUUAUAUUUUCCUACUACAUAUAUAUCAUAUAUCAUCUGCCCAUUUUUUACCCGGAAAAUUACCAAACCAAACUUCAAAACAUCCAAUCUAGAUAUGCCUCCUACAGCAAUGCUAGCUUUUGAUGAUGGUUUAGACAACGAGUGGAAGGGUUUCACGGUUUUCCCAGGAGAAAACCUUAGCCCUAACCCUAAACCUAAUUUCAACUUCUUGGCGAAGAAGGCAAUUAUGGACAGCGAGAAAUCAACCGGUCCUAUGCUCUCCCAUUCUUCGGCAACAGACGACAGCUUCAGAAUCGUGUUGCCGCCGGCGAUGCCUCCACCUAGAGACUCAGCCGUUCCGCUUCCUAUGCUCCCUGAGCCAAUAAGAAUAAAAAAGAAACUUGGCCGCCAAGAAUCAUUCCAUUUCAUGAGGAAAUCUCGCUACUCGGAGAAAAUCCUCUACAAGGAAGAAGAUUUCAAAUGCAACGUCUUCUGCUUGGCUCUACCUGGAUUCGGUAAACACAAGCCGGUUAGAUCUUCUUCCAAACGCCAAGAUUCUAUGGAAAAGAAGAUGAUGAGAACGUCUUCCUUCACCUACUCCACUGUUUCGAUACGCGCCUCGCUGGAGAAGUUCGAAUGCAGUUCUUGGGCAUCAACCACGGCCCUAACGCAAGAUCACGGUCGUAUGUAUUUCGAUUUCCCCGUGGAGAUGAUGAAGUGCAACAGCCGUGGAAACGGAGGUAGAGAUGUGCAAGAACCGGUGACUUCUGGUUUCUUGUUCGAUAGAGAGACAGAGACUAUGGCUCUUAGAAGUGUUUUGAAGACGAGGAGUUCACGGUCGUCGGGAAGAGAUCACCAAAGAUCGACUGAGACUUCCCCACUACGCCGUGUGAGAUUUUCAGAUUCUUCUUCGGCGUCGGUCUCGUGCCCUACUUCGCCGCGAUCUUGUAUCACCCCUCGAUUGCGUAAGGCUAGGGAUGAUUUUAAUACCUUCUUGUCUGCUCAAAACGCUUGAGAAACGAAAAACCGACACCAAGAGUUUUUUUUUUAAAUAUGAAAAUAUGUUACCUGUAUAUCAUAUAUCUAUGUACGUAAUGUAUCUACGGAUGCUGUGUAAAUAUCUAUCAAGAGAGAUUGAGAGAGAGAUUAUUUCAUCUUUGAGAAACCAAAAUAGAUGAAGAGUUUUAUGAUAAUCAAAAAGUUUCAUGUUUGUUCAGUCAAAAAAAAUUUCCAUGUUUGCUUCAAGCUCUGUUUCAGACAUUUUUUUGGUCAACGUUUUAAACAUUCUUUGACUGAUCAAAUUUGUAUAAGUUAAACUUUAUACAAACUAGGUAAAGAACCCAUGCUGUAACUCAUUUUCUAACAAAAAUAUGGGGACAUUUGCUAAAACCAACCCAAAUAUUCAAGUCAAACCUAAAAGUGUACCCUACUUUUAGUCAAAUGCAAAACCAACCUAAAGAGAUAGUGAAAGUACUAUUUAACUCUUAUGAUGACCAAACAAAAAACAAAAAUGUAUUUUACGUUUCUAUCAUUUGGAAGUUU